CACUUCCCCUGCACUGGCUGUCCCGGCGGCUCACCGAGAGAACACACUUGAGCGACGCGGCGGGUCUAUGAUCCCAGGGGUGCUGCUGUUGCUGGGGGCGCUGGGGGCGUCGCUCACCCCGGGCGCCCGCGGCUCGGAGGCGGAAGGCCGGCUCCGCGAGAAACUUUUCUCGGGCUAUGAUAGCUCGGUGAGGCCGGCGCGGAACGUGGGAGACCGCGUCGGGGUCAGCAUUGGUCUCAGCCUGGCGCAACUCAUCAGCCUGAACGAGAAGGAUGAGGAGAUGAGCACAAAGGUGUACUUAGACCUGGAGUGGACUGACUACAGGCUGAGCUGGAACCCCGCGGAGCACGAGGGAAUCGAUUCACUCCGUAUUUCGGCCGAAUCCGUGUGGCUACCAGACGUGGUGCUGCAAAAUAACAAUGACGGAAAUUUUGACGUCGCUCUGAGCAUUAACGUCGUGGUAUCCUCAGACGGCUCCGUGCGCUGGCAGCCCCCGGGCAUCUAUCGCAGCAGCUGUAGCAUCCAGGUCACCUACUUCCCCUUUGACUGGCAGAACUGCACCAUGGUGUUCAGUUCCUAUACCUAUGACAGCUCAGAGGUCAGCCUGCAGACUGGCUUGGGUCCUGAUGGGCAGGAGCGUCAGGAAGUGCACAUUCAUGAAGGGACCUUCAUUGAGAAUGGCCAAUGGGAAAUUAUCCACAAACCUUCUCGGCUAAUCCAGCCUCCCAUGGACCCAAGGGGCAGGGGAGAAGGACAGCGUGAAGAAGUCACCUUCUACCUCAUCAUUCGCCGGAAGCCUCUCUUCUACCUGGUCAAUGUCAUUGCUCCAUGUAUCCUCAUUACUCUCCUGGCCAUCUUCGUCUUCUACCUGCCACCAGAUGCAGGAGAGAAGAUGGGGCUCUCAAUCUUUGCCCUGCUGACCCUUACUGUGUUCCUGCUGCUGCUGGCAGACAAAGUGCCUGAGACCUCCCUGUCUGUCCCCAUCAUUGUCAAGUACCUCAUGUUUACCAUGGUCCUCGUCACCUUCUCAGUCAUCCUUAGCGUCGUGGUCCUCAACCUGCACCACCGCUCACCCCACACCCACCAAAUGCCCCUUUGGGUCCGCCAGAUCUUCAUCCACAAACUCCCUCUGUACCUGGGUCUGAAGAGGCCCAAACCCGAGAGAGACCAGAUGCCGGAGCCACUUCCUGUAGCCCUCAGGGAUUCUCGGGGAAGUGGCUGGGGUUGGGGAAUAGACGAAUAUUUCAUCCGGAAGCCACCGAGUGAUUUUCUCUUCCCCAAACCUAACAGGUUUCAGCCUGAACUAUCUGCCCCGGAUCUGCGGCGAUUUAUCGAUGGUCCAAACCGGGCUGCGGGCCUGCCUCCCGAGCUACGGGAGGUCGUAUCCUCGAUUAGUUACAUCGCUCGACAGCUGCAGGAACAGGAGGACCACGACGCGUUGAAGGAAGACUGGCAAUUUGUGGCCAUGGUAGUGGACCGCCUCUUCCUGUGGACCUUCAUCAUCUUCACGAGCGUCGGGACCCUAGUCAUCUUCCUGGACGCUACUUACCACUUGCCCCCUGCCGACCCCUUUCCUUGAGGAUGGAGGGCCCAGAUCCAAGUCCUCCGCCGGCUGAAUUGAGAGUUCAGCUGUACUCUCAAGCCCUAUUCCUCUCUGCCCCUUAACUGCUUCACUGGGAAUCCAGUCUCAUCAUUUCCACUCUGGAGAGAGAGCAGAAGUGGGACUUGGCAGACAGAGGUCUUGAGCCCACCAGAAAUGCACUAUAAGCUUAUUUACUCUUUGACUUCUUAAAGAAGCCCCUUUGGAUUUCAACAGCUAGGUUCCAGUAUAAUGGAGCAAAGUACAAGAACUAGACUGUAAGCUUUAUGAGUGCAGGAACUGUGUCCUGUUCACUGUAAUAUCCCCAGCACCUAGCACAUAUCCUAAUAUGCUAGACAUUUGUUGACUAAAUAGGGAAAUUUUUUUCUGUAAGGAAAUAUACCAAUUAAUAGUACUUACAUUUGCAUGUUGGGACUAGUAGUCAUUUUUACUUUGUUUUUACCUUUCUGUAAUUUAUUAUGUUUUGAAAUAAGUGUUAUCUUUAGGACAAAAAAGGUUAUUUCUAAAAGGGUGCAUUUGUAAUAGGGAAAAAAAGUGCACUUUAAAAAUUUGCAUUCAAGUUCCAGCUUUCGUGCUCAAACUUUGGACAAGCUACUAAACUACUGUGUCUCAGUUUCCACAUCUGUACAAUAAUAAUAUCUUAAUAAAUAAUAAUAAUAAUAAUAGUAUCUUCCCCCUAGUCUGAGUAUCAUAUGAGAAGAUGGGAACAGGAGUACUGUAUAGUGUAUAUCAGAGGUUGCAAACUGGUGUGUUUUGUUUGGCCCAUGAUGUUGGCAUAAUUUUAAAUUUGAAUUAGUUCGUUACUUUUAAAAAUUGGAUAUUUCACAAAGAAAUUUGGAUUUCUGACUUCUCUUGAAAAAUGUAAAAAACUAGUUGCCACCAGGCCUGGUUCCCCCCUUUGCAGCAACUUGCUAGAGCUGAUUAGUGGUUGCCCAUUCUGGUCAGUUCCUCAAAGCUCCCAACCACCUGACCAGUUUUGCUCAUUUUACUUGCCCAUGCCUCCGUAACACUAGACAAAAUACAGGGAAGGGGAGGGACGACAAGGAGUUGACGCCAGUGGGAGGAUAGGAGUAGGAAAGCUUGUCAUGUCUCUUACGGCCAUCACACAUUUUGUACCUCAGUUUCCUUUCAAUUUGGAGAAAGGGUUGUACCUGAUUUAAGGCAGGGCCUUUCUGGGACAUGAAGAUCUUCUGCCCCAUAGCCUGUGUGAACUGGACUAAGGUGAAUGUUUCUGCCUGGAGGUCAGACCAAAGUCAGCUUACGCCUAGUGGCUGCCACAGUUAUAGUAAACUACCUGGGGUCAGCAAGCCCUCACACCUACUCAAUUGCUGGAAGUUGUUGUCCUAAGAGGGUGAAUAGGGCUACAGCUCCCAGGGAUCCCUGUGGGACAAGGUCAGCAUGUCCCUUAUAACCAGACCCACCAGCCACGCAAAUAAUUGCACCUGGCAUCCCACUGUGGAGCACAGUUCAUUUGUCUUGUUGGUUUAUUGGCCUAGAGAGUUGGACACACACACAAAUGCGGAGAUAAAUAUUGGUCAGUUUCUCUAAAUCUGGGUCCUCACUACGUAUAGAGCUAGAGUCUGUAGAAUUCUAAAUCUUACGUGCUGUGGCACAGAACCAGUGGCCUUCCCACUCCACCCUUCUUCCCAGGGAACAUGGGGAAAGAGGGCACAAACGUCUGACAAGACUUGAUCAUUUUCAAAAGACAAAAUUGCAAAAUCCCAAAUUUCCAACAUCUGAAAUUCACAAUAUUCAAGUUCCCCAGCUCAGAUACAUCUUUUAAUCUCCUUUUCGCCACAAUCUCAUUUGUUUCCCAGAACUACCAAAUUCUGGAAACUAUUUUCCUAAAUCAUAUUUAAAAAAAAAAAAAGAAAAGAAAAAAAGUCUACAAUCUCAGUUCU